AUGGAUGACAUACAGUUUGAAGAGGCUGCCAGGGUUGGACAAAUUAUUAGCAUCAAAGCAAAGGUGAACAGAGCGUUCAAAACCAGCAUGGAGGUUGGCAUCAAGGUUACAGUACAGGACGUUUUGACUAAUGUUGAAAAAAUUGUGAGUUUGGCAUAUGCAACAUAUGUAGCCAAAGCAGUUGAUGCUGGAAAGAUUGAAUUAGAACCUGUAAAGCUUCUGUCUACAGAAGACCACCUGGAGCACACCCUGGCUAUUGAGAGAAGAAGAAUCCGACUGGACUAUGAACAGGUCUUUCAGAACCUAAUGCAGGAGAGUAAUAAGGAAGAUACUUUUGAAGAGGAAGAUGCAGUUUCAACUGACCUUACUCAUGUACAGAGUAUUGAGCUUGUCCAGCCUCCUCAUGCAAACCAUCAUGGAAACACUUUUGGUGGCCAGAUCAUGGCUUGGAUGGAGACAGUGGCAAGCAUUUCAGCAAGCCGCCUUUGUCGUUCAUAUCCCACCCUGAAAUCAGUCAAUAUGUUUAAAUUCUGGGGACCGUCCGUUGUUGGUGACCGCCUUGUCUUCAAUGCAAUUGUAAACAAUACAUUUCAGAAUAGUGUGGAGGUUGGUGUCCGUGUUGAGGCUUACAACUGUGAAGAAUGGAUCAAGGACCAAGCACGGCAUAUUAAUAGUGCAUUUCUCAUUUUCAACACUGUAAAUGAUAAAGGACAGUUGGUCACCUUCCCCAGAAUCAAACCUACUACAAAGGAUGGUAUAAGGCGAUACCAUGGAGCUAUUAUCCGAAGGAGAAUUCGACUAGCCAGAAAAUGCAUGCUGUCUGCUAAAGAAAACAAACCUUCUGAUCCCUGGGAGAGAAGCAACCAGGCAUAUGUGAGUUACAGCAAUAUAGCUGCACUGACACACCUAGCCGCAAAGUCAGGAUGGGAGAUAACCAGUACACUGGAUGAU